AAUUUUAAAUGAUGACCCAAAAGAAGUAAUUGGACAUAAAACGCCCUUUGAAGUAUAUUACGCCAGGGUAAGUAAUUAUCCUAAAGCAUCCUUAGAUGCCAAAACGAAGGGGAAUAGAAAGAGAAAGUGYGAAAAGGAAAYUAACGAACAUCUUCAAAAGGCUUCUUCCUUACGAAAAGUUGCCAAAAAAGCAACUGAACGCUGCAACCGAAGAAUGAUCAAGAAACAUCUUAAGGCCAAUCCUCCAUCAGAGUACGAAAUCGGUGAAAAGGUUUACAUCCGUUUAUCAAGGAAAACGAAAMCUUUGCAGAAAAGGCGCUUCGUCUUAGAGGCAGUAGUAUUAAAAAGGAACCCAAAAAGACACUCCUACAAGGUCAAUUACAAAUCGCCAUCAACUGGGAAGACCAUACAAAAAUGGCUGCAGGUUGACGAUAUCACCAGUCUUACCCUCAAAGAAGAAAAAAGAAAACAACAGGUCGCAAAAUCAAGACAACAAAGCAAAAUCAUUGUGGAAGGYCAUCGCAAAAAAUACUAUAUUCCUCUAACGAAAGAUGACUYAAGAAAUARYAUAGUAGAUCAAGGAUACACUAUUAGUUUCGACCCAGUAGGAGAUGGAAACUGCCAGUUUGCUGCAAUUGCCCAUCAACUGCGCAAAAUUGGAAUCCUGYGCUCUCCUGAAACGAUGAGAGAGGAAAUUGUCCGUUAUCUACAGCAGAAUGAAAUAGACGAACAUGGUCUCUCUUUGCUGUCAUAUUUACUCGGGUUUAAUUCUUGGGAAGACUAUAUGAAAUAUAUGUCACAAGACCAAACAUUUGGAGACCAACAAACUCUGUUUGCUGCUGCAAAUCUUUUCAAUGUCAACAUCCAAGUUGUAUCUACAUUGGGUCAGGGAGCAAAUCACCUAUUUCAACCRACAUCUAGCAAUGCCAUCACUACAAUCUACCUUGGGCAUUUUGCAGAACAUCAAGGUGAGCAUUAUGUAAGUCUUGACGCAACAAAUAAUAAUUCGAUGUCUUCUCUUGAUGAACGGUUAACAGAAAAUCAAGACGAAUAUUCUACCUGU